AAUUAUCACAUUCGUCCGGUGCGAAAGAGCUAUCAAACUUUGUUUGCGAGUUUCGCAGAAUAGACGGUGUGUAGAAUCAGUUGACAUAUGCCAUCUACGCAUGUUUACGAAUGGUGUUAUUUAAUCGUCAGAAAUAUAAAAAAAAUCGAUAUUGUUACAAUCAAAACUUUAAAUAAUGUCGUCCCGAUGGUAUCCGAUUUAUCAACGAGGCAAUCCGCAACUGCGGGUAUUUUUACCUAACUUCUGGCUGAAGCUAGUACGACCCGCGAAUGAGCAGCCCCCAAAUGUUGUGCAGUUUGCCUGCUCCAUGGAAAUGACCCGGCAUGAUGUGAAAAACUAUUUGGAAAAAAUAUACAAUGUUCCUGUGGUAAAUGUUCGUACGCGGAUUGCAUUGGGUGGCACAAAAAGAGAUUUGGUAUUGGGAUACAUCACUAAGGAGGAGGAUACCAAAUACGCCUAUGUCACUUUGCCAAGAACCAAGCAAUUUACUUUCCCUGACAUUUUCCCAACGGACGCAAAGCAGAAGAUAGAAGAUGAUAAAAAAUCGCUGGAAGACGCGAAGAAAAACCACAAGAAGUUUCUAGAUAAAAACAAAGAUCGACCCGGCACGCCUGGUUGGUUUUCUAUUUAGUAACCAGCACUUAGGAAUUAUCAGAUUAGCAACCGAACUAUGCCAGCAAGUUAUGUUAGUUCAAAACUAAUAAAACUAAUUUUAUUACUUCA